AUGGGCCUUGAGGCUGUUCUUUUUGGAUUUGUGUGUUUAAUAGAGCAGAGGAUCUGGGCACACUCUGGUCCAUUGCCCCAGUCUUCUAUUUGGGCAGUUCCAGGAGCUGUGGUGUCCACAGGCAGUGCUGUGACCAUCUUCUGCAGGACCCCUCCAGGAGUGAGCAUAGUUUGUCUGGUCCAUUCUGAUUCUCAUAGAGAGUGCCAUGAUUUUACUAUGCAGGGAGCCCAGGAGGUUUUUGAGUUCAGUCUGCAGAAUGUGGCUCACGUCGAUGCAGGGGAUUACUACUGUGACUACUACAAGGAAGACAGAUGGUCUGCACUUAGUGAGAAACUGGAGCUGAUGGUGACAGGUGUUUACCGUGGAAAGCCAUUGCUUACUGUUGAUUCAGAACCCCAGGGCCUCUCAGAAAGAAAUGUGACUCUCCUCUGUCAUCCACCUACUUUCUUUGACACCUUCAUCUUCUGCAGAGAUGGAAAUGCUUCCUUUCCCCAGAACUGCUUACGUCAGGACUCCAACACAUUUCCCAUCUCUCCUGGGAGCUCAAGGCACAGGAGUACCUAUAGAUGCUUUGGCUCUUACAGAAACAACCCCAACCUGUGGUCACUGCCUAGUGACCCUCUUGAGCUCUCUUUCUCAGAGUCUUCUACAUCAGAUUACAUACUACAGAACUGCCUCCGGCUUAGCCUGGCUAUCCUCCUCCUGUUAGUCCUUGGGGCUCUGUUGCUGGAUGCUUGUCCAUUGCCCCAGUCUUCUAUUUGGGCAGUUCCAGGAGCUGUGGUGUCCACAGGCAGUGCUGUGACCAUCUUCUGCAGGACCCCUCCAGGAGUGAGCAUAGUUUGUCUGGUCCAUUCUGAUUCUCAUAGAGAGUGCCAUGAUUUUACUAUGCAGGGAGCCCAGGAGGUUUUUGAGUUCAGUCUGCAGAAUGUGGCUCACGUCGAUGCAGGGGAUUACUACUGUGACUACUACAAGGAAGACAGAUGGUCUGCACUUAGUGAGAAACUGGAGCUGAUGGUGACAGGUGUUUACCAUGAAAAGCCAUUGCUUACUGUUGAUUCAGAACCCCAGGGCCUCUCAGAAAGAAAUGUGACUCUCCUCUGUCAUCCACCUACUUUCUUUGACACCUUCAUCUUCUGCAGAGAUGGAAAUGCUUCCUUUCCCCAGAACUGCUUACGUCAGGACUCCAACACAUUUCCCAUCUCUCCUGGGAGCUCAAGGCACAGGAGUACCUAUAGAUGCUUUGGCUCUUACAGAAACAACCCCAACCUGUGGUCACUGCCUAGUGACCCUCUUGAGCUCUCUUUCUCAGAUUCACCAGGUCUUACUGUGGUUUGGGGCUCAGUUGCUGCUGUCUGCUUCCUUCUCUUCCUUAUUUUCCUCUUCAUCUGUCUCUGCCACCACUGGGCCAAAUGCAGGACCACCAAUGGCAAGACCAGGAGCCAGGUGAAAUAUAAGAGCUCCAGCCCAGCCCCGGACAUUGAAGAAAACAAUAAAUAUGAUGACUUGGAGGGCAUUCAACCUGAGAAUGGCAGCCAGGUGGACACACAGGUGUCUGCAGCAGAAGACUCACAGGAGGUGACUUAUGCCCAGCUAUGCCGAGAGAUCUGCCUAGAGAGGAUGGAUUCACAUACCUCCAGUAGUUUUCAGGACAUGUCUACACAGACCUGUGUAUAUGCUGCCCUCACAUUAUCCCAAGAGGAGGUUCAGAGCUAGCAGUGAGUUGUGCAGGUGCUUCUUCAGCAGGGGGAGGCUCCAAGAACAACACUCUCAUGUUCUUCAACUCAAGCCAUUAGCCUGGAAUGCCAAUGGACUCAAGUGUAGAGAUGCUUGUUCACUGUGAAGGGACUCUGGAGCUCAUAAACAUCUUUCAGGAAACUUCUGAUUCCUUGUGAUUUGCCCACUCACCUACUCACUAGUGUACGUGUCAGAUGUGUGCUUUCCUUGGGUUCAUGUUAACUUAGUAAGCCAUGGUUUACAUCAUCUAGUGAAAGAAAUGCUGCACAGGCUGGACCCCUGGUGAUUAGUGAUGCAGAACACAUCAACCUUGACUGUCAGGUUGAUGGACUUUAGAAGCACCCAGGAGACAUAUCUCUAGUUAUGUCUGUCAGAGCUCCUCCAGAGAUGGAAAGACAUACUUUGAAUAUAGGUGAUAUUAUUUCAUGGUUCAAGGUCUUAGAUUGAUUAUAAAGGAGAAAUUAAGUGUAACAUCAUUACUCAUUGAUCUUUCUCUGCUUCCAGACUGUACACACAGAAUGAUCUGAUGUAUUGUGCUCCUGCCACUACUUAUAGAGGCAUUUCAUCUACUGUAUUCUCACUUCCAUGAUAGACUUCAAACUACGUCAAAACAAAUCCUUGUUACUCUCAAUUGUCAAUGUGGUGAUGAGAGACCAAAGGUUUAAAAAUUAGAUUUUUGGGGUAUUAGUUUAAAGUUUAAGUCAUAACUCUGAACAAAGGCCAGCCAGGUAUAGACAUGUCCAGCCACCUUACGGACCUAGCUUUACUGCAUUCUUUUCCUGCCCACUAGAGAUACAGUUGUUAGGAAACUGGCCCAGAUGGCCAGACCAGAACCGCUUAUGGUCUUGGUGCCUAAAGUAAAAGUCAAUUUCCCUUACCCAAUCAUGUAACACCAAGGCAUGUAACUCUCUGUUUGCGUUUUUUUUUUUCCUUUAAAAACCUUGUUCCCCUAGACCACAGAGCCACAUUCCUUUCCUGCUUCUGCAGGAAGUUUUUGCAACCCGUGGCUUGAGCAUUUAUACAAUAAACCCUCAUGUAUUUGCAGUGGAGUUGAUUCCUGGUGGUUUUUGGGGGUC